CUCAGUUACACAUUACUUCCUUGUACUGUCUUGAUAUAUUGAAAUCAACAUUCAGUAUAAGGACAUUAGAAGAGGAAAGAGAAGGAGUUUAAAGCAAAUCUUUCUUCCAGUUCUUAUACUUGAUGUUACUACAGAUGAAAUGGAAAAAGUUGUAAUAUGUAUCAUCCUUCUGGGUAUCAUCUCAGGUGUAACUGAAGGAGCUGGUGUGUUGCCAGGUGGUCCUCUUAAUGCAGCUGUGGGAGAGAAAGUGACUUUCACCACAACACUGACUCCACCAGAAAAACCUUUUAUAUCUGUCAGUUGGAACUUUGGUGACAGAAAUAUAAUCACUUCAUCAUCAGGAAACUUUACUUCAGCAGAGUAUGAAGACAGGAUCACCUACUUCCCAUCUACUGGGUCUCUGGAGCUCAGGGAUCUGACUCUUAAUGACAGUGGAGUAUACAGAGUUAGCAUUAUACCAUAUGGAGGACCAGAACAACCAGGAACCAUCAGACUGGAUGUAUAUGAGAAAAUAUCAGGAGCUUCACUUCAUCCAUCAACAAACAUUUCACUUAUGGAGGGAAACUCUUUCACUUUGACCUGUGAAGCUUCUGGCUCUAUCGUCACCAGAAACUGGAGGAAGGAUGGUUCAGCUCUGAUCCUGACUGACAACAAUACUCUUCAUGACAACAACAGAGUGUUGAUGUUUAACACUGUGACUAGAAAAGACAGUGGAGAAUAUUUCUGUAACAUCAGAAACCCCAUCAGCAGUGAUGGAGCUAAAUACAACAUGAUGGUUAACUAUGGACCAGAGAAGGUUCAAAUCACAGGUCCAAGUCAGAUACAUUUGAAAGAGACGUUUAAACUGACCUGCUCUGCUGAGUCCACACCAGCUGCCACUUACACCUGGAUGUUCAAUGGAAGUGAGAUACUCAAGGAUUCUGCUGAGUUCAUUAAAGAGGCUGAACUCUCUGACAGUGGCAGCUACACCUGUCAAGCAACGAAUGACAUAACUGGAAGAACAUCAUUAUCAGUGGAGCAUGGAUUGACUGUAACAGAUUCUAAAGAAGCUGCAGGUCUCUCAGCAGGUGCCAUCGCUGGAAUAGUAAUCGCAUGUUUGAUAGUUUGUUGUGCAGGAGCUGCUGGAGGCUUUUAUAUGUAUAAAAGAAAAUGAUGAGAAAACAGGAAAUCUGAGACAUAAUCUGCAGGACAUAGGAUUAGUUGUAGUGUUGUAGUAGUGAUGUUGCUGUUAUUAUUAAUCUAGCUCACUUUGUUUACUCUAGUUUUUACAUUUGACAUUUUCUCAUAUUUCUGAAUGACAAGCUAUAUUUGUUAAAUUUUAUGAAGAGCUUUCUAUGACUUUAUGCCCCUGGAGUUUACUCACUUGACUUCAUUAUACCGCUUUAUGAUAUGUGUUGGUUCUUAAGUGGGAACCAAGAAUAUAUGUGUUACUAUUGAUUUAAUAAAACAUUUACUAUGACUGUGACCUAAA